GGCCCGCCCCUCCUUCCUGGAGCCACAGCUGAGGCAGCGGCGGCGGCGGCGGCGGCAGCAGCGGGGCUGGGGGCGGCGAGUGGCCCGCGCGACACGCGCCGGCCUCGACCCUAUGCUUUGAUUCGCGUGGCGCAGGCGCCUACUGCCCCGCCGGCGGGGCCCGGGCUUCCUGCCGCGGGAUGUUCUCCCGAAGGAGCCACGGGGAUGUGAAGAAGUCCACCCAGAAGGUGCUGGACCCGAAGAAGGACGUGCUGACCCGCCUGAAGCACCUGCGGGCGCUGCUGGAUAAUGUGGAUGCAAAUGAUCUUAAGCAGUUUUUUGAGACCAACUAUUCUCAGAUAUAUUUCAUCUUCUAUGAAAAUUUUAUAACACUGGAAAAUAGUUUGAAAUUAAAAGGGAAUAAUAAGUCACAAAGGGAGGAGCUGGACUCCAUCCUCUUCCUUUUUGAAAAAAUACUGCAGUUUCUACCUGAACGAAUUUUCUUUCGAUGGCAUUACCAGAGUAUAGGCUCAACUUUAAAGAAGCUUCUACACACUGGAAAUUCUAUUAAGAUAAGAUGUGAAGGAAUCAGGCUGUUUCUUCUGUGGCUUCAAGCACUUCAGACAAACUGUGCAGAAGAGCAGGUGCUGAUUUUUGCUUGCCUGGUGCCUGGUUUCCCAGCAGUCAUGUCAUCCAGGGGCCCUUGCACACUGGAGACACUCAUCAAUCCCAGCCCUAGUGUAGCUGAUGUAAAGAUAUAUCCAGAAGAAAUCACUCCACUCCUGCCAGCCAUAUCAGGGGAGAAGAUUGCUGAGGACCAAACCUGCUUUUUUCUUCAAAUACUGUUGAAGUAUAUGGUUAUUCAGGCUGCGAGCUUGGAGUGGAAGAAUAAGGAGAAUCAAGAUACUGGUUUUAAAUUUCUUUUUACAUUGUUUCGAAAGUAUUAUCUUCCUCAUUUAUUUCCAUCAUUUACUAAGUUAACAAACAUCUACAAACCUGUACUUGACAUCCCCCAUUUGAGACCAAAGCCUGUGUACAUUACUACAACUCGAGACAAUGAGAACAUUUACAGUACAAAAAUUCCAUAUAUGGCAGCUCGUGUUGUUUUUAUUAAGUGGAUUGUAACCUUCUUUUUGGAAAAAAAGUAUCUAACUGCAACACAAAACACUAAAAAUGGAGUUGAUGUAUUGCCUAAAAUCAUCCAGACUGUUGGUGGUGGUGCUGUGCAGGAGAGAGCGCCUGAGCUGGAUGGUGGUGGGCCCACAGAGCAGGACAAAAGCCAUUCUAACAGCAGCACCUUGUCGGACCGAAGACUCAGCAACUCCAGCCUCUGUAGCAUUGAAGAAGAGCACCGAAUGGUGUAUGAAAUGGUACAGCGGAUUCUCUUGUCAACACGAGGUUAUGUCAACUUCGUGAAUGAAGUAUUUCACCAGGCAUUUUUGUUGCCUUCCUGUGAGAUAGCUGUAACAAGAAAAGUAGUUCAAGUGUACAGAAAGUGGAUUCUCCAGGACAAACCUGUGUUCAUGGAGGAGCCAGAUAGAAAAGAUGUUGCCCAAGAAGAUGCUGAAAAAUUAGGAUUUUCCGAGACUGAUAGCAAGGAGGCCUCAUCUGAAAGUUCUGGUCAUAAACGAUCUUCCAGUUGGGGACGCACGUACUCCUUCACAAGUGCAAUGAGCAGAGGGUGUGUGACAGAGGAGGAAAAUACAAAUGUGAAAGCCGGCGUCCAGGCUUUGUUGCAGGUAUUUUUGACGAACUCUGCAAACGUCUUUUUGUUGGAACCAUGUGCUGAAGUUCCUGUGCUCUUGAAAGAACAAGUUGAUGCUUGUAAAGCUGUUUUGAUUAUUUUUAGGCGCAUGAUAAUGGAGCUUACAAUGAAUAAAAAGACAUGGGAACAGAUGUUGCAAAUACUACUCAGGAUAACAGAAGCUGUCAUGCAGAAGCCAAAGGAUAAACAAAUAAAGGACUUGUUUGCCCAGAGCUUGGCAGGGUUACUAUUUAGGACGCUCAUGGUGGCUUGGAUCCGAGCAAACCUCUGUGUGUACAUUUCUCGAGAGCUCUGGGAUGACUUUCUUGGUGUGCUGUCCUCCCUCACGGAAUGGGAGGAACUUAUAAACGAGUGGGCCAACAUUAUGGACUCCUUGACAGCAGUGCUUGCAAGAACCGUUUAUGGAGUUGAGAUGACAAACCUACCUCUGGAUAAAUUAAGUGAACAAAAGGAAAAGAAGCAACGAGGCAAAGGCUGUGUUCUAGAUCCUCAGAAAGGAACCACCGUGGGGAGAUCCUUUUCUCUCAGCUGGCGGAGCCACCCAGAUGUGACCGAACCGAUGCGAUUUAGGAGUGCCACCACGUCUGGAGCACCGGGAGUGGAAAAGGCAAGAAAUAUUGUUCGCCAAAAAGCAACUGCUAAGCGAAGCCAGUCUAUCAGCAACUGUGUCCACCUUUCUGAGGCUUUGCCUGCCACUAAAAGCGUCCCGCUCCUCCUUCACACCGUGAGCGCUCUCUUACCUGGUCUCUCUUACUCUUCUUGCUCUCACAGGCUGUCAGAAGUGGAGGAGUGUCAACAGUCAGAAAAUGCACCUGCAGCUGGAUCUGGCCAUCUCACAGUGGGACAGCAGCAGCAGGUCCUUCGGAGUAGCAGCACCUCCGACAUUCCCGAGCCGCUGUGCUCAGAUUCUUCUCAGGGUCAAAAAGCAGAAAACACACAGAAUUCGAGUUCUUCAGAGCCUCAGCCUAUUCAAGAGAAUAAAGGACAUGUGAAGAGAGAACAUGAAGGAAUAACAAUCUUAGUUCGAAGAAGCAGCAGCCCUGCUGAAUUGGAUUUGAAAGAUGAUUUGCAGCAGACACAAGGAAAAUGUAGGGAAAGACAGAAGAGUGAAAGUACCAACAGUGACACAACUCUGGGCUGUACCAAUGAGGCAGAGCUGUCCAUGGGCCCAUGGCAGACCUGUGAGGAAGACCCAGAACUGAAUACUCCCACAGAUGUUGUGGCUGAUGCUGAUGCCCGUCAUUGGUUACAACUGAGUCCCACCGAUGCUUCAAAUUUAACAGAUAGCAGCGAGUGCCUCACAGAUGACUGUAGUAUAAUCGCCGGGGGGAGCCUCACUGGUUGGCACCCAGACUCUGCUGCUGUGUUAUGGCGAAGGGUCUUGGGGAUCCUCGGAGAUGUGAAUAACAUCCAGUCACCCAAGAUCCAUGCCAGAGUUUUCUGCUAUCUCUAUGAACUCUGGUACAAACUAGCAAAGAUACGGGAUAAUCUAGCAAUAAGCCUGGAUAACCAGUCUUCUCCAUCUCCUCCAGUUUUGAUCCCACCACUCAGAAUGUUUGCAUCAUGGCUAUUUAAGGCGGCAACACUGCCAAAUGAAUAUAAGGAAGGCAAACUACAAGCCUACAGGCUGAUCUGUGCCAUGAUGACCAGACGCCAGGACGUUCUGCCAAACUCAGAUUUCCUGGUGCAUUUUUACCUUGUGAUGCACCUGGGAUUAACCAGCGAGGAUCAGGAUAUCUUAAAUACGAUCAUAAGGCACUGUCCACCCCGCUUUUUCUCCCUGGGUUUUCCUGGCUUCUCAAUGCUGGUGGGGGACUUCAUCACGGCCGCUGCCAGGGUCCUUAGCACAGACAUGUUGACGGCGCCUCGUUCAGAGGCUGUCACUGUCCUCGGCUCUCUGGUCUGCUUUCCAAAUACCUACCAGGAGAUUCCUUUACUGCAGUCAGUGCCAGAAGUAAAUGAGGCCAUUACAGGAACUGAAGAUGUCAAGCAUUACCUCAUAAAUAUUUUACUGAAGAAUGCCACAGAAGAACCAAAUGAAUAUGCAAGAUGCAUUGCUGUUUGCUCCCUUGGGGUCUGGAUAUGUGAAGAGCUUGCACAGUGUACAAACCACCCUCAGGUGAAAGAGGCCAUCAAUGUGAUAGGAGUAACUCUGAAGUUUCCCAACAAAAUCGUGGCCCAGGUAGCUUGCGAUGUCCUUCAGUUGCUGGUGUCCUACUGGGAGAAGCUUCAGAUGUUUGAAACCUCUCUGCCUCGGAAAAUGGCAGAAAUCCUCGUGGCCACAAUUGCUUUUCUUUUACCAAGUGCAGAGUACUCCUCAGUGGAAACAGACAAGAAGUUUAUUGUGUCCUUGCUACUCUGCCUCUUGGACUGGUGCAUGGCAUUGCCCGUGAGUGUCCUUCUCCACCCCGUGUCCACAGCGAUCCUAGAGGAGCAGCAUUCGGCCAGAGCCCCCUUGCUGGAUUAUAUCUACAGGGUUUUGCACUGCUGUGUGUGUGGCUCAAGCACGUACACCCAACAGAGUCACUACAUACUGACCCUGGCUGACUUGUCAUCCACGGAUUAUGACCCCUUCCUGCCACUGGCAAAUGUGAAGAGCUCUGAGCCAGUCCAGUAUCAUUCAUCAGCAGAAUUGGGUAACCUGCUGACUGUUGAAGAGGAGAAGAAGAGAAGAAGUUUGGAGUUGAUCCCUUUGACUGCUCGAAUGGUGAUGGCCCACCUGGUGAACCACCUGGGGCAUUACCCCCUCAGCGGGGGCCCUGCCAUACUGCACAGCCUUGUCAGUGAGAACCAUGACAAUGCCCAUGUGGAAGGCUCCGAGCUGUCCUCUGAGGUGUUCAGAAGCCCAAACCUGCAGCUGUUUGUAUUUAAUGAUAGCACCCUCAUCUCCUACCUUCAGACACCCACAGAAGGACCGGCAGGGGGAUCACCAGUGGGCUCUCUCUCUGAUGUGAGAGUAAUUGUGAGGGAUAUUUCAGGGAAGUACUCUUGGGAUGGUAAGGUUUUAUAUGGACCUUUGGAAGGCUGCUUAGCACCCAAUGGAAGAAAUCCUUCAUUUCUGAUUUCGAGCUGGCAUCGUGACACAUUUGGACCUCAGAAAGACUCUUCUCAAGUUGAGGAGGGGGAUGAUGUUCUUGACAAAUUACUUGAAAACAUUGGCCAUACAAGUCCUGAAUGCCUUUUACCAUCACAGCUAAAUCUAAAUGAACCUUCCCUACCCCCAUGUGGCAUGAACUAUGACCAAGAGAAGGAAAUCAUCGAGGUCAUUUUGCGCCAAAAUGCUCAAGAGGAUGAGUAUAUCCAGAGUCAUAACUUCGAUUCUGCAAUGAAAGUCACCAGCCAAGGGCAGCCCUCCCCAGUGGAGCCCCGAGGACCCUUUUAUUUCUGCAGGUUAUUGCUUGAUGACUUGGGAAUGAAUUCUUGGGACAGAAGAAAGAAUUUUCAUCUGUUGAAGAAAAAUUCAAAAUUAUUAAGAGAGCUGAAAAAUUUGGACUCCCGCCAGUGCCGUGAGACACACAAAAUCGCAGUGUUUUACAUUGCUGAAGGUCAAGAAGACAAGUGUUCAAUCCUCUCUAAUGAAAGAGGAAGCCAAGCAUAUGAAGACUUUGUUGCUGGACUUGGAUGGGAGGUGGAUCUCUCCACCCACUGUGGGUUCAUGGGUGGCCUUCAGCGCAAUGGCAGCACCGGGCAGACGGCUCCUUACUAUGCUACCUCAACUGUGGAAGUGAUUUUCCACGUUUCCACUCGAAUGCCGUCAGACUCAGAUGAUUCCCUCACCAAAAAGCUUCGUCACUUGGGGAAUGACGAGGUCCAUAUCGUCUGGUCUGAACACUCCAGAGACUACCGCAGGGGUAUUAUCCCAACUGCCUUUGGAGAUGUUUCAAUCAUUAUUUACCCAAUGAAGAAUCACAUGUUCUUCAUCGCGAUAACGAAGAAACCUGAGGUUCCAUUUUUUGGGCCUCUGUUUGAUGGAGCCAUAGUGAGUGGGAAGCUGCUGCCAAGCCUUGUAUGUGCCACGUGCAUCAACGCCAGCAGGGCUGUGAAGUGCCUCAUCCCACUCUACCAGAGCUUCUAUGAAGAGCGAGCUCUGUAUCUCGAAGCAAUAAUUCAGAACCACCGCGAAGUAAUGACAUUCGAGGAUUUCGCAGCCCAAGUCUUUUCUCCGUCUCCCAGCUACUCCCUCAGUGGAACGGAUUAAAACACGUAAAGGUCUCAUUUCAAUAUUUGAGCAAGUGAUGAACAGCUGUAUACUCAUCUGGACUCAUUCAGACAAGCAAUUUAGGACUGACCUCUAGUCUUAGACCCUUUGGGGAAUAAUCGAGUUGUAACUCAUUGUGUAGAAUAUCGAUAUGUAAACACGUGGAGAUUCCAGGAACACCGCCAGGGAUCUGCAGAGCGGCCUCUGAAGUUUCACGGGCUUUUCCAUUGACUCCAGUCACUGCUUCUUCAGUGGCUCUUCCUCCCUUUCACUAUGACCAGAUGCCUUUUCUCUUCAUUCUUUACUUAUGAAUUGGACAGUAAGUCUGAAUUAAUUUCACAAGAUUCAUAGCUUCUUUUAUGCUGCAGAAAAGCCCAGGGCAAAGAAUAAGAAGAAAGACAUUCAUGUGUUUAUUCAUUCAACAAACAUCUUUGCCGGCAUAGCGUGGGAGGAGGUCACCAGACCCUCCUCCUGGGAGUUUCCCUCCCUUCUGAGUGCCACAGAUCCUCCCUGAAAUGUGUGGCCGUAGAGCCGCCGUUGCCUCCACGACUUAGCAGUUCUCUGCUUCCUUUGCAGGGGCCCUGGCCUCCAGUCUGAGUGCUGACCUCGAAGAGCCCCUGAGUGAGGAGGAGACAGAACACCCUCUCCUGCCUCUGCCCCGAGCCACUAAACCCAGAAUCUCCAGGAAAUUUCGUUGCUGUACUAGUGCCCUCAGCAGGUCUUCCCAUUAGUGGACUUCUGAAGCCCAUGGUGAAUCCCACUACCGUGUCUCAGAUGGGACUCAAACUAGGCUGUAUCAUCUUGUCCUGAAACCUCACAAACCUUGGACUUCCAAAGAAGAAAAGAAAAAGUCACCAAAAACCAGAGAUGAACCCACUGACACAUGGGCAUUGGUGUGGCUGCUCUGGGCAGAUGACAGCAGGAAAAGAUUCUGCGCUUUCAGGGAGGGGGCAGAGGGCAGCUUGCUUCUGCACCCCAAGUUGUUUCUUCUCAUUUAUGAACCCAAGCAUGAUUCACAAAGGGGCUGGCAAAACAAUUGUCUAAUUGAGGAAUUUGAUCUGCAUUGAUUUUGCUAGUUCCUUUUAUGUUAGGAUUUAUGGUUUACUCAAAAAUUUCAUCAUCAUGGAAAUUGGCUUUCCCCGGGGUCUUUUGCCCAGGAGAAGUUUUACCUCAGUUGUCCAGUGUUUUCCCACAUGGUACCUGACGCCUGCUAACUAAGCAGAGGCUCUCCUCACCACGCAGAGGCGCUUCAGGUCAUGACAGUGAGGCCCCUAUCUUAGAACACUCAGAAGAUUCCAGAAAUACAGGGUCCUGUCCUUGCAUAAGUUCCUGCAGGACAGGAAGUGUCCCAAGGCUCAAAACAACACAGACCACAUCCACACAAAAGGCGCAUGCCGGCUUCAGGCGCUAGGCUGAGACGGAUACCCCCCGAAUGGCCUUGUGCCUCCAAAAGCCUCACGCUGCAACUUUGCUGCUCCUGUCUGUUGCCCAGAGAGGCCUCAUCCAGGCCUCAGAAAUGUUUCUUGUCACACAAAGCUUUCGGUAGCAGAUUCCAAGCAAGGGAUUUAAUCCUUACAUUUUUGCCCAUUUGGCUCCAAGGAAGGCUCAUUAGACCUGUUUUUUUUGUUUGUUUGUUUUUUCUUAAAAAAAAAAAUGAAUGAAUGAAUGAAAAGAGAAGCAACGGUUAGCCCUCUCCUGCUGGGGCGCCCUGGGUGGGCCUUGCCCGUCCUGCAGCAGAGAAAUCAGUCAGCAGCGAAGAGCUGCUGGCGCAGGCCCCAGGCUGUGUCCUGGACCCUUGACCUGCCUCAGAGCUAGAGGUUUGCUCCACCCCGCACUUCACUUGGGAAGUAAAUCCAAGAAACUUACCAGAGUCCAUCGCCACUGCGCAGGCUUUGUUCUCACAGCGGCCAGGUACAGAGCAAUGCCCUGCAGUGGGAAGGGACAGCAGCACGACAGACGCAGCCCCUAACUCAGGGCUUAUGAUGGGUGGGCUGGUCCUGGGAAAGGUGGGCCCUGUGCAGGAGGCCUCCCCACCUUCCUGUGCUCUCUGCCCUCUGCCCUUGCACACACUUGUUACCUUCAGGCUGCUUGGCCACCCAGGCCUGAAGAAGCCUUCUGAGGCUCUCACCCCAUCAGAGUGGCCAUUUUCACUGAGGAGCCAGUUUUUUCCAUUUGCUGUGGAGCUGGUUUGGCUGGAACCUGGCCUUUGUAGGGAAAACGGGGAGACUCAGGAGCCAGACUCACUCUUGGGACAAAUGAGAAAGAGCUGAGCCAGUCGUUCCUGUCGGAAGGGCGGGCCUGCUCAUCCUGGAGAGAAUUUGCUUUUCUGCUUUAUAGGGGAUUGCAGGCCAGGCCCAUUGACAGGAGCACCUUGAGAACCACCUGAACACAAGAGAAUGAGGGUGCCGCAAAGUGGAAGGAAGCUUCUGGCCCCUGGGCCGUUUUGGGAAGGGCCCAGGAUUCUCACGGGGGCUGAAGGGCAAUGUGAAGAGUGACUGCAAGUCCUGGCAUUUUCUGUGGUGACAGCAAACGCCCCUUUAUUUUAAAUGAUUCCAGACAUCUGGGCAGCGUAGCUUGGCCACCAUCACUCAGGCUUGAUCCUGCUGUUGAGCUGCUCCUGUCUCCUGUUUACCUCACUCCUGUUGGGAAGGCCAUCGCAUGCUCCUAGGCUCCAGAGUGCCCUGUAGGUCUCUACCAGCAGGUCGCCUCUGGGAGAACGUUUCAUCUUCAGGCUCUAGAAGCUCCUGUUGCGGAAUUCCUGGCUUUAGUAGAAAAGAUAUGUCAGGAUUUAGAAAUCGUAUUGAACUCUCCUGGACUUCUGCUCCAUGAUUUCAUUUUGCUUUCACGAACCAGCAAUCCCGACCUUGGGGUGGGAAAUUCAAUUGUAGGCAGCAAAUAACUCAACCCUCCUGUAACCCCUGAGGAUUAUAACGACCCCAUGACCCCCGAUGACAGCCAGCAGUUUGGUGACUAGAGUUUUUUGAGCCUGCCAUUCUCAGUAGCAGCUUUGGUCUGGAGAUGGAACGUGGAGCAGGGAAUCUGACAGCCACGUUUCUCGUGAUCACGUGGACUGGAGUCGUUUUUGUUAUCUGGGGUGGAAAAUUGCAAUGAUCAAGUUUCUUUUUUUUUUUUUUUUUUUUACUUAGAAAAGCAAAUAUUGUGUUUUUGUAAUAAAUCCCUUUCAGCAAAAUUGCGGAGGAUCAUUCAUCCACUAGGGCCCCACCUGAGGCACAGCGCUGACUCAUCACGGUGGUACCAGUAGGUCAGCCAUCUGGAAACAGAAGUAGCCCUAAUUGGGCCAAAAUGUGGUAAGACUCGCUGGUCUCAGGCAGGGCCAGGCCAGCUCCCUCACUUCUCUGCACACCUAUUCCCAGAUUCCAUCCAGAGCAAAGCUGAUGUUUAUCGUCUCAUUGUACUUAGGCUUUCGUACUUUAAAAAAUUAUGACUUUUUAAAAAUAAGCCUUCAGCAGACAGAAGUGAAGAAAUUUAGCCUGGGUUGCCUCAGCAACAAAGUCUGCAGUUCCUAAGAGCCACAUGUUGGGGAAGUGGGGUGACCCAAACUUGGUGACAUGGGUUGAUUGAUCAGACCCUUAGCCUUACAAACAAGAGCUCAUGCAGAUCCACAGAGCCAUGCACAUCCUGUCUUCCUGACCUUCCUCAGGUGGCACCACCUGCGCCCCAUGGACCUGCUGUAUCGGUGUCAUGUGGAGGUCUGAUGAAUCCUUUAAAACCUAACUGUGAUGUCGUAAAUGUAACUGUGCUACCUUUAUAUCUACUGAAGGGCAGCGUCUGCAUCCGAGGGAAAUUCAACAUGAAACAACCAUCGUUUUAGUUGCACUCAGUCUGUCCAUAUGACAUACACAUGAAGUGAAUGUUUCCUUAUGUUUUCAGGUCUACAAUGUUUAGUACAUGUAAAUAAGGAAAAAAUUUGAUAAAUAUGGUAAAUUAA